AAACAUUAUAUUUAAUAUCUAAUUUAUCUAAGAAUUAACCUAAGAAAUAUUAGAUUUGACUCUUAUAUAAGAGCCAUUUUUAACAUUUAAUUGAAUUAUAAUAUUAAAUUUAAGAUUUAUUUUAUCUAAGAACUAACCUAAAAAACUAUCAAUAAUGAUGGUUUUAUAGUGCUUGAGAUGACAAGUGGUCGACUGAAUCCUAGAGAUAUUAUUUCAUUAAUAAAUGAGACUUUUAAACUUGUUGAUUCUUUCGCCUCCACGGAAAAAAGGGAUCUCUAACCAAUCAACUUUGACAAUUAUAAUACAAAUUUAAGGUAAAAAAGUCUUUCCAUCCUAAAAAAAAGAAAGUCUUUCCAAACAACUUGAUCCCCAAGUAAGUGAAUUGCAUAAAGACCGACACAACCUCUAAGGAUAACUUUAAUAUACUCAUAUCUUUUGUGAAUAGAUGUUAUCCUUAUUAGUUUGUGACAACUUUCGGAAGCCCUAGCUAAGGUAGUCGGCUUAUUUCACAUCUAUAUUAGGUGCAGCCUCUAGUCUCCUCAAUUCAAUAACACAAUCUUCUUCUAAAUCAUUUUUUGUCAUCUAUCACUUCUAAUUUCUAAACAACAAACCAUGUCUCCUUCUCCUCUGCUUGGUCCACCUGAGCUCAGAGAUCCCAACUCUCUCCUCCCAAAACCCACCACAACUUCUGGUCCCAGCGACCCUUUCAUGGACGCUAUGGUUUCAAAUUUCAACAACUCAGCUAGAGUCAACAACGUCAACUCUCCUCCGAUGGGCUACACCGAGAAUAAAUCCGCCACUUACCUCUCCUCAGGCAACCCCUGCCUCGACUUCUUCUUCCACGUUGUUCCAAGCACGCCUAAACACUCUCUCGAGCAGUGGUUACAAGGUGCUUGGGACCACGACGCCUUGACCACACUCAAGCUUAUCUGUAAUCUUCGUGGAGUCCGUGGCACCGGAAAAUCCGACAAGGAAGGGUUUUACACGGCGGCUUUAUGGCUCCAUGGUCGUCAUCCCAAAACCCUAGCUUGUAACCUCGAGUCUCUUUCUCAAUUUGGAUACUUUAAAGAUUUUCCAGAGCUUCUUUACCGGAUUCUACAAGGAUCUGAAAUCCGGAAGAUCCAGAAAUCAGAAAGGUUCAAGAGGAAAAGUGAAGCUCUAGAUAGAAGAGCUCCUUAUGAUGGUCAUUGUUAUCAUGGUCGUCUUUAUGGUGGUCGUGGACGUGGAUCUAGUCGCCCCAGUAGUAAAAGGAAGCCAGUGGCGACGAGGGCGUUGAGAGUAGCCAACGCUGAGAGGAAGAAUCAAGCCGAGAAAGCCAGAGCAAGCUUGGAUCGGAAGAAAAAGAAGGUUUCGAUGGGGAAGGACGCGUUUACAAGAUAUUCUUGCGAUCCAGACUAUAGAUAUCUCCACGAACGCGUCUCUGAUCUAUUCGCAAAUCAGCUAAAGAAAGAUCUUGAGUUUUUGACAUCGGACAAACCAAACGAAAUCUCUCUUGCUGCUAAAUGGUGUCCAUCGCUUGACUCUUCGUUUGACAAAGCAACUCUUCUCUGCGAGAGCAUUGCUAGGAAGAUCUUUACUCGAGAAUCAUUCCCUGAAUACGAAGGCGUUGUAGAAGCUCACUAUGCAUACAGAGUUCGUGAUCGGCUAAGGAAAGAUGUUCUUGUUCCUCUGCGUAAAACUCUGCAACUGCCUGAAGUAUAUAUGGGAGCGAGAAACUGGGAUAUUCUUCCGUACAACCGUGUAGCAUCAGUGGCGAUGAAGUCGUACAAGGAGAUAUUCUUGAAGCACGACGCAGAGAGGUUUCAGCAAUAUCUUGACGAUGCAAAGGCGGGGAAAACCAAGGUAGCUGCUGGUGCUGUGUUGCCUCAUGAGAUAAUCAGAGAGUUAGACGGUGGAGACGGUGGACAAGUAGCAGAGCUGCAAUGGAAGAGAACGGUAGAUGAUAUGAAAGAGAAAGGUUCUUUGAGGAAUUGUAUAGCUGUCUGUGACGUUUCAGGGUCUAUGAAUGGUGAACCAAUGGAGGUUUGUGUGGCUUUGGGUCUGCUAGUCUCUGAGCUAUCUGAAGAGCCAUGGAAAGGAAAGCUAAUAACUUUCAGCCAAAAUCCGGAGUUGCAUUUGGUGAAAGGAGACGAUCUGUACUCAAAAACAGAGUUUGUUAAAAAAAUGCAAUGGGGUAUGAACACUGAUUUUCAGAAAGUGUUUGAUUUGAUUCUUGGAGUGGCCGUACAAGAGAAGCUGAAGCCGGAAGAGAUGAUCAAGAGGGUGUUUGUGUUCAGUGAUAUGGAGUUUGAUCAAGCGGCGUCGUCGUCACAUUAUUCAAGACCAGGCUAUGCAUUUUUAAGGCAGCCUCCAAGUAAUCCAAGUAAUGGAUGGGAAACGGAUUAUGAAGUGAUUGUGAGGAAGUAUAAACAGAAUGGGUAUGGAGACGUUGUGCCGGAGAUAGUGUUUUGGAACUUGAGGGAUUCGAGAGCAACGCCGGUGCCGGGAAACAAGAAAGGAGUGGCUUUGGUGAGUGGCUUUUCGAAGAAUUUGAUGAAAAUGUUUUUGGAACAUGAUGGAGAGAUUGAUCCUGUGAUGAUGAUGGAGACUGCUAUUUCUAAAGAUGAGUAUAAGUCGCUUGUUGUUGUUGAUUAAGAAGCUUUACUGUUUUUUUGAGUUUGGUUUUGUAUUCCUGUUUCAUGGUUGAAGCUUCCAUUGCAAUUUUAUUUUAAUAAAUUUGGCCCAUUGAUUUUACUUUUUUUUUCUGAACCAAGUAAUCGAUACGAGACCACUAACCUGGCUUUUAUUCAUCAAUCGAUGCUCUCUCUACACGUAACCUGCUUCAAAACACUCAUAGUUCGCCGGAAACAAUCACUCGUAUCAUCGGAUCUCGGCGUUUAGAAUUCAGAAUCCGACGACUUUGGCGAGCAAACCUUACGCAAACUAUGGAUGGUAUUGGAAAUGAACGACAACAA